UUGUGUUUCUGUUUGUUAUGAUGUAAAGCUCUUUGAAUGCCUGCUGCUGAAAUGUGCUAUACAAAUAACAUUUGAUUGAUUGAUUGACCUUGGCCCAGGUGAAGGUCACCUGUUGUUGGGUAGAUUUUAGCCAAAUGCUGCUGGUCUGGAGGAUUUGUUCAGAUGAGACCCGACUUCUCUGGUUCUGAUUGUUGGAUGAAACAUCAGAACCGUUUUCAUUCAUUCCUCCUGUUUGCCUCCAGGCUGGACUGCGUGGCGACGGAGGAAACUCCCCAGGUUUUCUUCUGCUGCUGUGAAGGAAACUUCUGCAAUCAGAACUUCACCCACCUGCCUGACCUCAGCAGCCCAGUGAUGGAGGCUCCGCCCACCAGGGCGCUGGACAUCCUGAUCUACUGCCUGGCGUCGGCCGCCAUGCUGUCCGUGGUUCUGCUCCUCGCCGUCUGGACGUACCGAUGCCGGAAGCCUCCAUAUGGAAACGUGGAGGAUCCCGGUCCUGUUCCCGCCUCCCCCCUGCUGGGGCUGAAGCCGCUGCAGCUGCUGGAGCUGAAAGCUAGGGGGCGCUUUGGCUGCGUGUGGAAGGGCCAGAUCCUGAAUGAAUACGUGGCUGUGAAGAUCUUCGCCAGCCAGAACCAGGAGUCGUGGCAGAGCGAGAGAGACGUGUUCCUGACGCCGGGGAUGAGGAACCACAACAUCCUGAGGUUCAUCGCGGCCGAGAGACGAGGGAGCGAACUGUGGCUCAUCAGCGAGUUCCACGAGAGGGGCUCCCUGUCGGACUUCCUGAAGGCGAACGCGGUCAGCUGGACCGAGCUGUGCCACAUCGCUGAGUCCAUGGCCCGCGGCCUGGCCUACCUCCAUGAGGACAUCCCCCACCUGAGAGGAGACCGCCACAAACCGGCCGUGGCUCACAGGGACUUUAAGAGCAAGAACGUCCUCCUGCGCUCAGACCUCACCGCCGUCAUCGCCGACUUCGGCCUGGCCGUCCUCUUCAAGCCGGGGCAGCCGCCUGGAGAGACGCACGGACAGGUGGGCACCAGGCGCUACAUGGCUCCGGAGGUCCUGGAGGGAGCCAUCAACUUCCAGAGAGACGCCUUCCUCCGGAUCGACAUGUACGCCGUGGGGCUGGUGCUGUGGGAGGCGGUGAGCCGCUGCAGCGCCGCCGACGGUCCGCUGGGUCAGUACCUGCUGCCGUUUGAGGAGGAAGUGGGUCAGCACCCGACCCUGGAGGACCUGCAGGACGUCGUGGUCCACAAGAAGACGAGGCCGGCCAUCAAGGAGUUCUGGCUCAAGCACAGCGGUCUGGCCCAGGUCUGUGUGACGGCAGAGGAAUGCUGGGAUCAGGACGCCGAGGCUCGUCUGUCUGCCGGCUGCGUUGAGGAGAGAAUCUCCCAGAUCCGCCGCCACGCCGCCGGCCUGGCUCCGCCCACCUCUGGCACCGUCCCCGCCGUUACCGUGGUAACCAACCAUGCUGCCUGAACAGUCUGGUACCUGAGGAGAACCUGCGGUCCCUCAGCUCCUCUGCCCCCUGCUGGACGCCGGAAACGCAGAGACCUUCCCACCAGAUGGAGGCGCUGUUGCUCGCUGCCACAUGACCUCUUCCUGACCUUCGGAUCUGACUAGUUGAAUCCUGAAAAUUCAGAAACAAGAAGUGAGGUCAGGAGAAAAGCAAAGAUUGUGAUUGGCUGACUGAGCUCAGCCAAUCAGAGCGCAGAGAUAAAACUCCUCAGGUAACCUGGAGGACAGGUUACCUGGAAGGGGCGGGGCUUAAGUCAGCCAUGGCAGGUGAAAAGCUUUAGUGGGCGGUGCUUAGAAACACGUGUGUGUGUGUGUGUGUGUGUGUGUGUGUGAGGACAUUUUAGCUUCUCCACACAAGAUAAAAACAAUUUUAGGGUCAGAGGUUACGGUUAGGUAUGUACUGCAGAUGGUUACGGAUAGUGCAAAGGUCAGGGGUCAGCCUAUAGAAACUAAUGAGGUAUAGUGGUACAGCAAUGUGUAACAUCACAUUUUAUUCUGAACAUGCUGAUUGGCUCAUUUAUAAUCUUUACCUUAGUGAUAUGCCUGUGACCUUUGACCUCCAGCAGCGCCACCCUGUGGUUGGUGGUUCCAGCAGAAAUCAGCAGCAGUUUGAGGUAAUUACCGAACCGACGCUCCAACAUGAAGGAGUUAUCCCGGUUCCUUUGACUAGGACAGAGGCUGCUGCUGUUUCAGGCUGCUAAUCAGAGGCUGCAGCGCCACCUGCUGGUCUCCCUGUUUAACUGGGACCAAACCUGACCUGUGUCUCUUCUGGGACGCCGUCCAGGAAGCUCCAGGAUCCAGAUUCCUUCCAGCUGCUGGACGCCAUGUUUGGACCUUCCUGGUUCCUGCGGAGCUUGAAGCAAACGCAGCAGCCUGUUCAGGAGAUCCUGGUUCUGUUCAGUUUCUGUGGAUUCCUUCAGGUCCGGAAUGGUUCUGCUCACAGAACCAGCAGCUGGUAGAAACAAGGAAAACAUCCGUUCACAUUACUCUGGUUCUGUAUGGAAAUAAUAAAUCAUGUCUCAUCAUUU